CGGAGGAGUUUGUGUGUGACACCGGGAGCCCGAGCUGGUGGUAAUAACCAGACAAAAAGCAUCAAAAGAUGUAUGAUGAAUCAGAAAAAACCAAGAGGUGGGAAGGAGGCUAUGAACGGACUUGGGAAGUCCUAAAAGAGGAUGAGUCAGGUUCUCUUAAAGCCACAGUUGAUGAUCUUCUCUUCAAAGAGAAAAGGAAAAGAGUCUUUGAAUCACAUGGACAAGUUAGACUUGGUAUGAUGCGGCACUUGUAUGUGAUAAUAGACGUGUCUAAAUCCAUGGAAGACCAAGACUUGAAACCGAACCGACUUACCUCAACUUUAAAGUUGCUGGAAUACUUUGUAGAAGAAUACUUUGACCAAAAUCCUAUUAGUCAGAUUGGUAUUAUUUCUACAAAAAACAAAAGGGCAGAGAAGCUUACUGAACUUGCAGGAAAUUCGAAGAAGCAUAAAGAAGCCUUAAGUAAAGCUGUCAGUGUGUCAUGCAGUGGAGAGCCAUCUCUUUAUAAUUCCCUCUCUUUGGCCAUGGAUACUCUGAAGCACAUGCCAGGACAUACCAGUCGUGAAAUACUUGUGAUCUUUAGUAGUCUUACAACUUGUGACCCAUCUAACAUUUAUGAUCUUAUUAAGUGCUUGAAAGCCACUAAAAUCCGUGUGUCUGUGAUUGGUCUAUCGGCAGAAGUUCGAGUUUGCACUGUUCUCGCACGUGAAACUGGUGGUGUACACAAUGUUAUUUUAGAUGAGAGUCAUUUUAGAGAUCUGCUUAAUUAUCACGUUCGACCUCCACCGGCUAACUCCAAUUCAGAAUGUUCUCUCAUUCGUAUGGGUUUUCCCCAACAUACAAUGGCAUCUUUAUCUGAUCAGAAUGCAAAACCAUGUUUCAGCAUGGCACAUUUGGAUAGCAGUAGUGGGCCAAUCUUAACACUUGGUGGAUAUUAUUGCCCUCAGUGUAGAGCUAAAUAUGCUGAGCUGCCUGUGGAGUGUAAAGUCUGUGGUCUUACAUUAGUCUCUGCACCUCACUUGGCAAGGUCUUACCAUCAUCUAUUCCCACUGGAUGCAUUCAGAGAAAUUUCCUUAGAAGAGAUUCAGGGAGAACGGUAUUGUCAAGGUUGCCAAGGGGAGUUGCAAGAUCCAAAUGUAUAUAUCUGCAAUGUGUGCCAGAGCAUCUACUGCGUGGAGUGUGAUAUUUUUAUUCAUGAUACCUUGCACUGUUGUCCUGGAUGUAUUCACAACCAAUCCAAUCCUUAAUGCCUAUCAAAUAAAAUACUAGAUCAAUGAAUAACCAACUAUAUUUUAGCUGUUACGGGGAAAUAAAGAUCUGUAUUCAUAAUUGAGAGCCUUUUUCACUGAAAACGAGAGCUAGACUGGUAUUGUUGAUUCUGAUCAGAAUCAUUUUACAAACAUCGCCUGUGAAGAACAAAUAGUUUUGCAAGACCAUUUGUUACAUACAUUUCACUUGAACAGUACAAAAUCUUGCUCGCACUGAUGUUGAUGUAUAAUAUUGGCUUUUUGGCUGUUUACAGUCAUUACUGAAUCCCCAUCCUUAAUUUUGUAAAUGUUAUUUUGUCGAGUGUCACCUCAAAAUUGGGAGAGCCUUGAUGGCUUGGUUAGUAAAUACUUUGUACAUAAUUAUUUAGAGCCAUGUGACCAAGAACCCUUGCAGCCAUUUCAAAAUGAUAACUAAUUAAAAUAGCUACUGGGAUAAAUAAGGGAUUCAACAAGAAGCACUGUGGUUCCAGGGCAGAUAAAGAAAAUCUGGCAAUUUUCCUAUCCAGUGAGCUCUGAUUAAAAUUGCAUAUGCUUUGUGUGGUCAGGAGUCAGACUGGCAUUCAGUGAUUAAACAAAGUUUCCACAUGAAGAAUGAUUGCUUGCAUCCAAGGAGCUUGGGCUGAGUCAGCAUCUUCCUGAGAAAUGGAGAGGAAGAAUUUUUGAUAAAUUUGACAAAACCUCUGCAAAUGCUGUAUUUUCCCAGUGUAAUAUUUGUAUUAUACCACUGAAGUGUAAGCAAUACAUACAUUUAAAAUGUUCUAUUUUCAAAUUAAAAAGAUAUCCAAUG